UUACGUUAGUAUGGUGUUAAGUGUCGAUCGAUACGAAAGUGCGUGCCGUUUGUUGUGUUUUCCAUGCUUACAUUUUUCUUUUAACAUUUCUGCUAACAUUUUGCACAAUGCCAAAAUUAAAUGCAAAUAUAUUUAACAAGUAUGUGAAAGAGUUUGGUGAAGAUACAUUUGCUACCGAUGGUACUAUGCUUUAUUGUAAGAUUUGCGAAGUUAAAGUAAGUGCUGAGAAAAAAUUUACAGUAACUCAACAUAUAAAAACAAAUAAACACGAACGAUUAUUAGCUCGUCGAAAUAAACCUUCAGAAAAUAAACAACAAUUUAUAUCACAGCCGCCAAACAAAAAAUCUGUUUUUUCACAUGAUUUAUGCAAGGCUAUGAUGUGUGCAAACAUUCCUUUACAUAAAAUUUCUAAUGUUCAAUUCCGAUCGUUUCUUGAAAAAUAUACUCUAAAUGACAUCCCUAGUGUAUCAACGUUGAGGAAAACUUAUACAAACGAUUGCUAUUUAGAAGCUAUUGAUCAAAUUAGAAAAGACGUUGUAGGGAAUAAAAUAUGGGUUUCUAUAGAUGAAACGACAGAUGUGCAAGGGAGAUAUAUUGCAAACGUAAUAAUCGGAACUCUACUGAAGGAUAGACCCGGAAAAAUAUAUUUACUAAAUACUGAAGUUUUAGAAAAAGCCAAUUUUUCUACAAUAACCAAACUUUUUGACAGCUCAAUGUUUCUCCUGUGGCCCGACGGUGUUCGUCAUGAUGACGUCCUCCUAUUUUUAAGCGAUGCUGCGCCAUACAUGAAGAAAGCAGGUACAACUAUCAAGGCUUUGUACUCCAAGAUGAUCCAUAUUACUUGUAUAGCACACGGAUUACAUAGAGUGGCAGAAAAUAUUCGGAGUCAUUUUCCUAGAGUUGAUAAAUUAGUGGCAAAAGGAAAGCAAGUAUUUUUAAAAGCACCUUCACGUGUUUUAUUUUUUAAGACAGAAGCUCCCGGAGUCCCUCUUCCUCCCGAACCUGUACUUACACGUUGGGGUUCUUGGAUUGAAGCUACUUCUUAUUACUGCCAAUAUUUUAAGCAAGUACGAGAUGUUAUGCAACAUUUUGAUUCUAACGAUGCUGUAUCUAUAAAAGAAUCUCAAGCCCUUCUAAAUGAAAUUUCAAUGGAACCAAAUUUGACUUUUAUAGAUUCAAAUUAUGGGUUUUUACCAUCAACCAUAACUAAAUUAGAAUCACAAGGUGUAUCACUAACUGAUUCAGUAACAACAGUAAUGUUCACAAAAAAUAAAUUGGACGAAGUAGCGGGUGACGUUGGAAUGAAAGUAAAAACAAAAUUUAACCAAGUUUUAGAAAAAAACUCUGGGUUUGCAAUAAUAUUAAAAAUUUUAAAAAUUUUGAAUGGAGAAAAAAGUUCAUCGAUGGAUGGUUUACCAGAAGACCUAACGGGAAAUGAUUUAACAUUUUAUAAAUAUGCACCAGUAACAUCAACAGACGUCGAAAGAAGUUUUUCUCGGUAUAAAACCAUACUGGCCGACAAUCGGCGAUCAUUCGACGUGGAAAAUAUUAAAAAAACAUUAGUUGUGCAAUGCAAUAAUUUAUCAGGAUAAAUCAAAAAUUCGAGAUUGAAGAAAACCAUACUAACAAUCGGCGAUUAUUCGACGUAGAAAAUAUUUAAAACAAAAUUAAUUGUGCAAUACAAUGAUUUUUAUAUUUCUUUUAUAUCUAAUUUUUUUAUUUUAAUAUAAUAUAAUUCAAUUUUUUUUGUGCAUAUUAUGUUGCAUAUUUAAUGAAUUUGAAUGCAUAUUUUCAAUUUUUGAUGUGCAUAUUUGCAUGCAUAUUUUUCCAAUUUCACCUCCUAUAACUUCUCUGCCCUACUUAUUACCCAUGAUAUAUAAAUAUACAAUCCAUACUUUAAAAAAAUAUAAUUACUUGAAUUGGAGCAGAAGUUGACAACAUUGGAGGAUCAUUCCAGCCAGCAGGAGUAGAUUUUUUCAUGUAACUUAUUGGUAGAGGUUCAACUAGUCACAUUAAAAAUGCAAUUAAGAAAAGUAUUUUAUAGCUUACUAUAUAUUUAUUUACCUGAUGGAGCUCUUUGAUUGUAAUUUGACGAUGACUGAUUAAAAUUGGGCGAAUGAGGAAUUGC